AUGUCCGACUCGGAUUACCUCCCCGACUACCUCCCCGACUACCCGCUCCACUCGGACUUAGUGAAGAGAUUAAAGUCGGCCCUGGACACCAGGGAUGAGGACCAGGUGGUGGACUUGAUCAGCUCUGAAGUCAAACAUGUGGACGCCAUUAUAGAACUCUCCAAUGACGACUGGAUGAAGGACCCCUCAGCCCAGCUGCCUACCGGGGUGCUCCUAGGGGACCUGGACCACCUUACGCCCCUCAUGGACCAGUUCUUCCGGGAUGCCAAUGUGGUGUUUGAGAUCCACACGGAUGAGGUGGUGUGGCAGGUGAAGUCCGCAGCCACCUUCGGACUGUCAGGGCAGACGUGUAAGAUGGACAGAGAGCUGGAGAACAUUCGGAAUGCAGGGGCCUUCCUGUCCCUGAGGAAGGUGCCCAACCCGAACAAGCGCCAGGAAGCAGCCCGGGCCGCGCUGCCGUCGGCCGCAUCAAAGCGGCUGAUGAAACGCAGCCGGAGCAAAGCCGUGACUUCCCUGGGCCUCUUCCAGAGCAGACUUGAGAUGUGGCCCGGCGCCGACGGCCUGGCGCCGCUGCACCUCUGCCGUACGGCCGCCUCGCUCGGGUGCGCGCAGGCGCUGCUGGACCACGGAGCCUCGGUUCACCUGGCGGGCGGCGCGGGCCAGGACACGCCGCUGCACGUGGCGGCUCGAUGCGGCCUGGAAGAGCACGCGCGCCUCUACCUGGGCAGCGGGGCGCGCCCCGCGGCGCCACAGCGCGCGGUGCAGGCGCUGCUCAAUCACGGCUCCCCCAGCGUGUGGCCCGACGCCUUCCCCAAGACAAAGGCGGGGUCACGGCGGCAGGCGGACAUGAGCACGUGUCGCAGUGGCGCGCGGUGUCCCGCCAGCACACAUCAAGGUGGUGUCACAGCUCAGGAAGCAAGUGACAGUGCUGGGCCUUUGUGCCUGGCUGGCCGCUGGUUAAGACCACAGGUCAGAGAUGCGGGUGCACGCAGACAGAACGUUGCCCCGUCCUAUGCUGUCUUCACGAUCGCCACACAUUGGAGUCUGUGUCUGGGUGAGGCUGUCGUAUCGCUGCAUCUCAAAGGGUUCCCCUUCUUUUCUCUGGCCCUCUGCUUCACCAUCCAGGAGUCCUUUGCUAGCGAUCGGCCCCUCCUUGACGACACGUCCAAAGUGCUGAAGACCUGUGCGUCCAUCCCCACGGUCAUCGAGGUUCUCGUCAACUCCUACCCUCAGCUCCGUGUGUCUGAGUCCUGGCGGUGGCUCAUCCCUGGAGACGUGCUUCAGAUGCACCAGCCGUUUUACCGGUCCCUCUUCGCCCUGGCCAGCACCCCUCGCUGCUUGCAGCACCUCUCUCGCUGCACCAUCCGGAAGCUGCUCGGCAAAAAGUGUUCUCACCUCGUGCCCCGGCUCCCCCUGCCGAAGCCCCUGCAAGACUAUCUGCUCUUGGAGCCAGAAGGGGUUUUGCGCUGA